AUGGGUCGUGCGUCGCGUCCGAAAAGUUCUAGGCCGGGGGAGGCUGCCGCUGCGCAUACCUUGCAUAAGGAGCGGCUAGAAAGUAAUAGUACCGCCAGCGGUUCCGCUGGCGGGGGAGAGACUCCGCCGGGAAACAAGGCUAGCCGCGACGCCUUUUCUAAAGCCAUGGACCGCGCUGAAAUUGAUAACUUCCUGGAAGCCAUGUAUGCUUCCGGGAUGGAGGCACAAAAGACGAUGGUGGAUCCGGAGACACUAGCGCUGAGCCAGUCAGAGGUUCCCGUGGUGCUGCCAAUGCCACACCACUCCCAUCUCGGUGGUGAUGGGCUGCCCGCCGUCCAGGCGGGGAACGGCGGGGCUAGUGAAGCAGCGCCGAGGAAAGAGAGGGCGCCGGCCCUUCGGGGCGACGUGGCGAAGAAAGCGGUGCGCCCCACCGAGGGUGUUACCAUAGCGGGGUUGGCGCCGCUGGCGGGGGGUUCGAGGCCAACAGUUGCUGGGAGCACACGGGUGCUCCAGCGAAAACGCCGCCAGCCGGACUCUGGUGAUGAGGAGGAAAUGGAGGUAACGGGGGCCCGAGAGCAACCCAAGAAGUCGAGGCAGGCUCCGCCCGGGGCUGUUGCGGAUGUGGCGGAAGAGAGGGACUUGGGGAAGACCCAGGAGAAGUUGGCUGACGUCGAGCAACUUCUGACAAAGGCCGACUGCGAUGCUGCGGAUGCCAGGGGCAAGUUGAACGUUGCUAUUGAGCGGCACUUGGACCAGAAUGAGCGGUACGCCAAGCUGGAGCAGGAUAUGUCUCUUGUACGGGACCGGGUGACCGCGAAGGAGAAGAAAAUUGAGAUCCUUCAACUGGAGUCCGCCGCUAAACAAGCUGAGAUCAAGCGGCUGGAGGGUGAGGUCGCUCACCUGGAGGCUGAGGGAAGCCGUGCUGCGGCUGCCGCUGUAGAAUCGUAUAAGCAGUCGGCAGAGCACAAGAAGGCACUGAACGACGCAGCCAAGGCCGGUGCCCUGGCCAAUGUGGAGAUGUUGCGGCAGAAGGGCACCAUUGAGUGGGCGAAAGCGGCAAUGCCAGUCGUGCAGCCAAGGAAAGAAGCGCCGCCGACAACCAGUACUGCUCCCACUGCCGUAACUGGUCCCGGAGUCCUCUCGGGUAGCGGGGAGAGUGGCGAGCCUCCAGAAGGUGACUCCCAGCGGACGCCUACGCAGUUCGAGGCGUCCCGUGCUGGGUUCUUGGCGGCCCACACCCGGGUGGAUGGCACGAUAAAGACUCCCAUUCCCACGGCCCAAGGGUCCGACCAGACGAGCCGCUCCCAUCCUCCGCAGGCCGCCGGUGGAACUGCUGAAGGUAGCAGGGUCGACCCAACCAACCCUGCUGAUCCCGCCAAUCCCGUCAACCCCUAA